UUUUGCUAAAAUUUGUUUUUUUUGUGUGUGUGUGUGUGUGAAUCGUUAAAAGAUAUACCAUAUAUAUAUAUAAAUCGAAACACUAAGAUGUCUUAUAUCGGCAACGCAUCGGAUUUGGAGUGUGAAAAGAACGAGUUCCCGAGGCCGCAACGUCCGACGGGCAUCGUUACCAAAAUGGCCGCCCACAAGCUUUCGUCGGAGCCGAAGUGGGCCGAUAAACGAGAGGAUGAUUCCGAUUCCGAGGUCUCCUCGCCCGAUAAUUUCCUAACCAAAGGCGCCUUUCUACUGACACCAUCCUAUGAACUAUCCAUGGAACGAGCUGCUCUAAUUUGUGAAAAAAUGAGUUUCAAGGGAUGUUUCAGCUUGACGAAAACGGCUACAGGAAUUCUGUUUAAAUUCUCACAUCCAGAUGACUAUCAGGCGGUGUUCAAGAAGGGAUUCCACAAAGUGACCGGUGCACGUUUCUAUCGCAAACAAACAUUCUCGCGCAGUAUUGCCAUACCGUGUCGACCAAGAAAAACAUUCACGCUCUACGUGCUCGAUGUGCCCGAAGAUUUGCCUGUGGAGGACAUCAGGCAUGCGAUGUACAAGUUCGAUUCGGUUGUCGAGGUUGUCCGAUUGCACAUCUAUUCGAGUCCCAGCUUGGCCAGCAGCAGCAGCAGCGGAGGCAUCUCCGGCAGCGUCGGCCUGGACAAGGGAGGCGUUGAAGGUGAGCAGCAGCUGACGGGCAUCAGCAGCAGCCAGACUCAAAUGCAAACCCUACGUCGCGCCGCCAUACGAAGCAGCAGUGCCAAGAGCGUUAUCGGAGGAGGCGGCGGAGGGGUCGGAAUUGUGGCGGAUGCGAUUGAGAAAUCGGAGCGUCCGGAACGUCGUGAGCUGCCGCCAGCUGUUAUACGCAUCACACUGGCCUCGAUGGAUGAGUACAACAUACUGCUGCAGAACGGUCUCAAUUUCUACGAUGCCACAUUCUUUCCCACCGAGGCGAACAUCUCCCUAAAAGGCGCCAAGAUCGACUACAAGCGUCGCAUGCUUGAUGGCUCGAUACCGGGGCGUGUGCGCGAACUUUUGCCCGUAUUCGAUGCAGCUGGCUUCUGCAAGCUGCCACCGCCCACUAGCAAGCUAAUUAAGCCACCGAGGUCAUAAGUCAAAACGGCAAAAAAAAACGUUGAUGAUGAUCAUGAUGAUGAUGACAACCCCACAUGUUCCGGCUAGCUAAGCAAAAAAACAAUUCUGUAGACGGAUGGAAUCGACAACAACAACAACAACUACAUCUAUAAUCAUAUAAUAAUAAUUCCUCUUUUGGCUAAACAAAAACAAACAAAAUAAUUCCAUUUUCCAAACUCUUUUUUUUUUGUUUUUUUUCUUUUGAUCUAUUAUCAUUAAAGGCCCAUAAAAGGCUUAGCGUCUAAUUUGUUUGAUUGUCUAACAAUAAUAAAAAACAACAACAACAACAACAGAAAAAAACAAAAAUGAAGAAAAAUACUAUACAAAAAAAAAAAAAAGCAAAAA